UUUCACUUUUACUAUCCAGUCGUGAAAAAUUGUUCUUGCCGACUUGACAUCAACAACACUCCCCCAAUUCCACAGGUAAGCUCAUUGGGAAUUCUUGUGAGGAAGUAAGGACCUGCCUGCAGUAGUUGGCCUCAAAGGUUGGAGAUGGCUGGCAGGAUAGUGCAAAGGAAUCUGAGCACAGACCUGAUAAAAAGAGCGGAGACUACAGCUCAGGAGCUGAGCAGAGCGAUUGAACAGGGAGACAAGGAAACAGCGGUUGAGUGUGCCAGGCUGCUUGCUGAGCAACAUCUACCCGUCAUCGUCCAACUCAAGAAGUCUGCCUACGGUCAACAAGAAAUCAAGUUAAGAGUUAGCGUUGAAGAUUCGCAGACAACUGGUACAAUCAUCACAAUGAAAGUGUAUCCAUACAUGACCAUUGCAACGCUGAAGUCAAAGAUGUCCAAAGACUACGGUUUCCAUCCCACACUGCAACAGUGGAUCAUCGCGCAGCGUCUGGGCAAGGACCAAGAGACUCUCUCCUUUCACGGCAUCAGGAAGGACGGGGACAUGGCCUACGUGUACCUCCUGACAGCCGCGCAGGCCGGCGCUGCACGCAACCCAAGGGCGCAGCUUCAGCCAGACAGAGCUCAGAUGGCAACUGAUGAAAUAAGAGCAAAUAAUGAAGAUUUCCUUCCUGUUUUGGAACCACGAGGAACUCAACCGCAACUCAACGAAGCAAGGGUUUUGCCAGAAACUCCAAAGAUUGGCUGGGAGUGUGCAGGAUGUACCUAUAUCAAUAAACCGACUCGUCCAGGGUGUGAGAUGUGCAGCACGGCAAAACCAGAUAACUACCAUAUACCCCGCACCUAUAUACCUGACCAGGAAGAACUGCAGAGGAUGAAUGAGGAAGAUGCAGCCUUUGAGCAAUACGAACAAUCAAUGGUACUCGAGCGAGAACGAAAUUACCAACUGAUAUUGGAAACAGAUGAUCAAAACCUGGUAUCAGCAUCAGAGGAGUUUGAGUGCUCAAUCUGUUUAAUCACCCUGGACCAACGUGAGGGUGUAACUCUUCGAGAGUGCUUACAUAUCUUCUGCAAAGACUGCCUGAAGGGAACAAUCCUAACCUGCACAGAAGCAGAUGUGGCCUGUCCAUUCAUAAACGACCUUUACUCUUGCAACAGCAAAAUCCUGGAACGUGAGAUAAAACACCUCCUAACAGUGGAUGAGUAUCGUAGCUACCUGGACAAGAGUUUGGCAAUUGCAGAGAACAGCAGCGGGAACAGCUACCACUGCCAGACACCCGACUGCAAGGGUUGGUGCAUCUACGAAGAUGAGAUCAAUGACUUUCCCUGCCCCCUCUGCAAGAAGACCAACUGCCUGGUGUGCAAGGCAAUACACGAAGGGAUAAACUGCAAGGAAUACCAGGACAAUCUCAAAAUUCAUGCUCAAAAUGAUGAAGCUGCAAAACAAACUGCUGAGAUGCUCAAGUCGCUUGUGACUCGGGGAGAGGCCAUGCAUUGUCCUAAAUGCAAGAUUGUGGUCCAGAAGAAAGAUGGCUGUGACUGGAUACGCUGCACCAUGUGCAAAGUAGAAAUCUGCUGGGUGACCAAGGGACCUCGCUGGGGACCUCAGGGGACCGGUGACACCAGUGGAGGAUGUCGCUGCCGCAUCAAUGGUCAACCAUGUCAUCCCAGGUGUCAGAACUGCCACUGAAGAACACUCAAUUAUCUCUGCCUCAAUGCAGCAAAGGCCACAGCACAGUACCUUAGACUUACUUCUUCUGGACAAGCUAGCCAGAAAACUAAAACUAUGAUGAUCGUCUCCUAACACAGAUAGACACGUGUCUGAUUUGAAAGUACUGACUUUAAAACUUUGAGGAAAGAAGGGUUUUUUUAGUGCAUUUAAAUCACUGUAACUGAGCACUUUCAGAGCACUGUUAGUCAUCUCUGUAACUGGCCGAAACACAAUGCUUGUGACUGUGCCGGAAUUGGGGCAGAUGCCCCAUUGGGUCGAAGAGACUGCAAUCAAGUUACUGGCCAUUGUGUACCAAAGCUGGAUGGUUAGCAACAAUUAAUUAGUUACUAAACUUGCGAAAAGCCAUCACCACAUUCCAGGAGCAGAUUGCAAAUCACACAAGGAGGCGCAGGAUGAAGUAUCUUGCCUUAGGCAGCAAGUGUUCUGAACAAAACAAGAUGGGACCAAUGUAGAGUUAAUUCCCAGGCACUAAAUCAGUGGCCUCAUUUAGACCAUUAGCCUAGUUUGGAAAUUCAAUUACAACCAGUGUGUUGCAUAAAAAGCAGAGUGAGAAAGAGUCUAAUUUCUUUAACUGGGUAUAAAAAGGAGGUCCAAGGGUGGAGCUUCUGCUUCUGGGGAAAGUCCAUGAGGUCUUCCCUAAAUAAGCCGAGGAAGGCUUGAAGCCGGGUCUCAGCACAUACUUAAAAAUGGAUGAUUAAUGUAAUUCCCAUUCACUUCUCAAUGUGUACGUUUGAUCUGAUAAAUUAACUCUGAUAAAAGAUACAAGAUAGACACAAAAUGCUGGAGUAACAUUGUGGGUCAUGCAGCAUCUCUGGAGAAAACAAAUAGGUUACGUUUCGGGUCAGAACCCUUCGUCAGACCCUGAUAAAAAGAUCUAUCCCCAUUCAUCUACUGAUCUUGGAGAUACAAGGACCUGCUGAUGCCAGAAUUUUGAGCAAAAUACAAAGCGCUGGAGGGAUUCCAGAAGUGUCCCAACCCAAAAUGUUGCCAGUCCAUUCCAUCUACAGAUGCUGCCUGGCCUGCUGAGUUCCUCCAGCACUUUUCUUUUGUAUUUACUGGCCUUGCUCGGUUCCCUGGAAAAGGAUGCAAAAAGACCUUACAGUUGCUCAAGUGCUUGACUGUUAUGGCUGUAGACUGUUCAGUUACCGCACCAAUAUCCAGAAUCCAAGAUCAGUCAGGUUUAAUACCUCCAAUCUACUGAGGCAAUUGAAUUCAAAUAAUAAAUCUGGAACAAAGAGCGGCACAGUGACGCAACGUUUGGGGAGAAUUGCUGGUCGGCGUUGACUCGGUGCGCUGAAGGGCCGGCCUGAUUUCACGCUGUAUCUCUAAAGUCUAAAGCCAGUAUCAGGAACGGUGACUAGGGAGCUACUGGACUGUCGUAAAGUCCACUCGCUCAACAAUGUGCUACAAGGAGGAUAUCUGACACCCUUAUAUGGAUGUCCAGGCACGCCAAACUGGAUGGCACAUAACUGCCCUUUGAAAUGACUGAGCAAGCCAUUGACUUCAGAGGUGGCCAACGUUCACCCCACUAGCAAUGCCAAGAUGUGAUCAAAUAGUUAAGUGGCUGAGCAGGUAAAUCCAGUUGGUAACUGAACCCCACCCACCCUCCUGCACAAAACACCUCAUAUACUCCUAGUCCUAUCAUGACAGAACUUGUGAAUUAUUAUCAGAAUUAUUAUCCAGACAUAUUAAGCAUAGAGGGAGCUUCUGGAAGGAGUCUUAAUUUGGUACGGUCAUUUUUCUGAGGUGUUUCAUUUGUUGAGGUGAGUAUAGAUGAUUAAAUAUUGCUUAUGUAAUAUAUAUUUUUUCCACUGAUAUGACCGUUCUGAUCUGAAAGUUUUAGCCCCCAAUGUUCUUGCUGCAAUUUAUGAAACGUUUAAUAAAGUACUUCUAAUGUGAGA